AUGUCCAACGUUGUACUGGGUAAGGUUGCUGCUCUUAUAAAGGCAGAAAAGGACCUUGAAAACAUCCCGGCAUUGAAAGAUGAAAUCUUGAAAGAGAAAAAAUCCAUCGAAUCGCAGCUGAGAUUGGAAACUGAAGGGCACCUCCAGAAAACCGUUCAGGGUAUACAGUCGUUGAGUGUCACUGUUGAUUCAUUUAAAGAACUCAAGCAGGAUUUACAAAAAAUAGAUGAGCUUGCGAAGCUGUCAGAGAGUGCCAUUGACCGGUAUGAUAUCGUUCAGAGGGCAACACAGCUUUAUGAAACAAUCCAAGAAGUCGAUGAAAUCUACAAAAAGCUAAACUCUUUUAACAGUUCACUGACUGAGGUAAACGCUCUGUGUGAUGAGGAAAUUCAAAGAGGCAUCGAUAUUGAUUCUGAGGUCCCAAACCUACUUCCAAUCCACUUUAGGCUGACAGAACUGAGAGAUUUUAGUGAGAAACUGACAGAACUAUCCACCAAUUCGCAGCAGGAUACUAAACAAACCAUUCGCAAACUGAACACCCUCUUGGAACCUGCCAUUGAAAAAUUCGAUUCCAUUGUAAGGGAAAUAAGCCUUGGUAUUACGGAGAGUUUGCGAGAGCGUAACUUUUCUUUGAUCAUUAGAUUGGCCAAAGUUUUAGACUAUGAAGAAAGAGAAGAUUUGAAGGCUCAAAUUUUUCAUGAAAUUGUAACCAAAGUUGAUAAGAGAAGCGAGGAUGAUAGUGAUGGGAAACGUCACUUGACGAGUUCCACAAAUUUUGUCUCAACACUGGAUGUUAUUGACUCAGAUACAAAAGGAGCAGAGCUUUAUCAAGAGCAGGUUGGAAGGUUGCAGCAGAGAAAAUACAAACAAUUGGCAUUUGAUGCGAUUGAAGAAUCAAUUAGAGACACAUUCAAGAACUGUAAAGAUACUUUUGUCGGCGACGACAGGUUCGAAGUCUUGAAUAACUUGGAUUGGGUUUAUCAAGACUUAGCAUUAAUUAGAGAAACGCAUGCGAUAUGUUUUCCUUCCAGGUGGAACAUGUUUCAUAUAUUCUUUCAAUGGUAUUACAAAUACUUGAAUCAAAUAAUAGUUGAACUGAUAGAAAGUGAACCGGAAACGAUUAUUAUUCUGGAUAUCCUUGAGUUUGACAAGAACUACACAAAUAUUAUGAGGCAAGAUUUUGGUUUUAGUAAAGACAAAAUUGUUUCUAUCAUAGGGGUUGAAAAUAGAGAGAAGUUACUGCAAGAUUACUUGAGUUUGAUCAUAGUGAAAAUGAACGAAUGGCUGUUCAACAUCGAAAAGAAUGAACAAGAAGCUUUUAUUAAAAGAGAGGAACCUCCUGCAAGAGAUGACCAAAAUCACUUCAGUUUACCGGGAGCCUUCAUAGUAUUUCAGAUGUUUCAACAACAAGCAACAGUUGCGACGGGGUCAGGUCAAGGCUUAAUUUUGGAUGGUGUGAUUAAACAUUUUUGUUCAUUACUUUCUAAAAGACAAAAUCAAUGGGAUAAGUUAUUAAAGUCACAACUCAACAGUCAGAUUCAGCAAAUGUCCGAAGAUGCCACGGAUGACGAAUUAGACGAUACCUCUAAGAUAGCUCCAGGAUUGAUGGAGUACAUUAUUGCCCUUGCUAACGAUCAGAUCAGUGGCUCUGAAAAGCUUGAAACUAUAGAGACUGAAUUUGUUGCAUUAGUGUCGAAAAAGUACCAGGUAUCCAUCUCUACAGAGAUUGGUAGAGCCAUUGAUGAUUGUGCCGAUUUAGCUCACGAUUGUCUGAACCAUAUCUUGGCGUUAGUCUUUUUUGAUGUUUCGGAGUUGGUCUCCAAAACAUUCAGCAAAGCUUGGUAUCCGGAUGGAUCCUCUUUUCUGAAUGAAACAGUAGCAUAUUUUGAAGAAUAUGUCCAUGAGUUCAUAGAAGAGAUGAAACCAGAUCUAUUGGCAAGUUUCCUUCCUGAACUUUUGAACAAGACAAUUUUGGAAUACUUUGCAUGCUUGGGUUAUAAACGUAAGUUCAAAGAAAGCAAAGUUUUUGACUGUGUUAAGCGAGAUGUACAGAUUCUUUACAGUUUUUUCUCCCAAUAUAUCGAAAAGGAAGAAGUUCAAGCCAAGUUUACUGUCUUUGAAAUAUUUUUGCAUAUAUUAGAGCUGGAGAAUGAGGCUGAUAUUCUGGAAGUCUGGAAAGAAUAUUUGCAACAGUUUAAUGAUUUAAGUCCACGAUUCCUAGAAGGAAUCCUUGCUUGCAGAAAAGACUUCGGAAGUACACAGACUAAGAAGAUAGUUGCAGAGGUGGAGAUGGUGAAUAGGAUUUUCGAACAUGAGUACUCUGAUUCUUUUGAGGCAUCAUUUAUGGGUAAAUUCCGACUAGCAGAGCCUUAG